AUGAGAGAGAAGCCUCAGCUUUCAGCAGGAGAUUACUUCUCCUUGCUCUACACCGUGACUCGAGCCGUGGGCACAUUGACCUUCACCACCCUCACGGGCUGGACGAGGGGCGAGGAUUGUCCCAAGGAUUACAAGCGACAUGUCAUCUAUAGCACUAUGCGUGCGAUGUUUAACCACUUGUCGGUCAAGCAGAUGCAGGCUCUACAGCCAACGACGUACGAGGGUUACACGUCUUUUGCGAAGAAGCGCAAAUUCGACCCGGAGGUUGUCGAUCUGGAUGACGGGGCUUAUGGGUGCUUCCUGGGGCCGAAGACGGCGAAGAAUGCGCUGGUGUGGUUCCACGGCGGAGGAUACACGUUCCCAGCGUCGGACCAGCAUUGGAUCCUGCUCUGGGAUCUCAUCGAGCUGGCCAAGAAGAAUGGCCACGAUCUUCGAGUCAUGCUUCUGGAGUAUGAACUCACUCCCAAGGGCUACUACCCGCUGCAGCUGAAGCAGGCGGUCGCGGCGAUCAAAUACCUGUUGGAUUCGGGCUUGAAGCCCUCGCGGAUUUCCUUCGGCGGCGACUCAGCUGGCGGAAACCUCGCCGCAGCCCUCAUAGGCCAUCUCUCACACCCGCACCCCGGCGUUCCCCCCAUUUCCCUCUCCGAAAACCUGGGAGGCGCCCUCCUGGUUUCUCCGUGGACCUCAUUCACCCAAGAAAGAGAGUCGUGGAAGAAGAACUUCAAAAAGGAUGCACUGGCCCCGGUCGCAGUGAGGACCUGGUCCGACAACUUCAUGACCAAAUCACCCGUCGACAACUGGAACCAACCUACCGAAGCGCCGGCUGACUGGUGGAAAGAUAUCAAGGUGGACAGUGUGGCUAUCGUUGGAGGACAGAACGAGGUCCUGAUGGACGACAUCCGCGAGCUCGCUGAGAGGAUGAAGGUGCACAAUACUACAAUUGAAUAUCUCGAAGCCCCCGGCGAAGCGCAUGAUGCGAUCGUACUGGAUAGGACGUUUGGGCUUAAGGACGAGUUGGCAUCGGAGCAGUUCAUCAACAAGUGGGUUCUGGGCAGGCUGAAGUAG